GGGGGUAAAUAUCGCGUUGCUGCUGUCUCCCCUUCCAGUCACCCACAUCCGAGGAGGUGAAGGAAGCGGACCGACAGUUCAAACGUGGCUGCGCGGCGUUUCGGAGGCGAAGCGAGGGGAGGAAACGUCACUCUCCGGCGACGCCGACGGUGUCAGACGGGCUCCUCCGCGGCGAAUCAGUGGCCCGACGUCGGCCCGGGCUCGAGGAUGAAGCGCGUCUCGGAGCGGCGCCGCAGUGGUGUGUGAAAAUCUUCAUUUUUGUUGCACCCGAUGUCCUUUGUUGGCCUUGCAUUUCCUUUGGGAGAUUGUUGUUGGGCAACCGGAGCACAACUUGGAUCACGCUCGGCCUCCCGGUCGCUGAGGCGCACAUAAAAAAAAAACCGAGAAAAAGAUGCUCCGAGAGGGAGACAGCAGCAUGACCGGCAGCACCGGGGACACGGAACACAAGUGAGGCGGAGGCACAACCGGCUUGGAACCGAGCGCAGCGGGACUGCUUGACAUUGUUGCGUUUCCCUGCGCUUCUUCUUCGACCCGACGCCGAGCGCGCCAGGACGCGGCGGCUGCCGCUGUGCGGGUUCGGGUGUGAACCGGUGCAUGCCGCAGCCCUCCCGGGUUCAAACAACUGCUAGUGCGGGUGGGUUCAAGAGAUUGCUCCAGUGAGGGGAAAAGCCUCCGCCCCCCUCCUCGUUGCGCCAUGGAUGACUCGGGGAUAAUCCGGCGCCGGAGGCUGCAGAAGGAUUUGCCCCUGCCUCGCAAGAACAGCAGUUGCCGAACAAGCAACAGGAAAAGCCUGAUCCUGACCACCACCUCUCCCACGCUGCCUCGCCCUCACUCGCCUCUCCCCCUCCCCGGGCACCUCGGAAGCAGCCCCCUGGACAGCCCGCGAAACUUCUCCCCCAGCAACCCGGCGCACUUCUCCUUCGCCUCCUCCAGAAGAGACGGACGCCGAUGGUCUUUGGCGUCUUUGCCUUCCUCUGGAUAUGGAACCAACACGCCCAGCUCGACGUCCUCCAGCUCCUCUCAGGAGCGCUUGCACCAGCUGCCCUUCCAGCCCACCAUGGAUGAGCUCCACUUCUUAUCCAAGCACUUUGGCAGCACCGAGAGCAUCACGGAUGACGACGGGGGCCACUGCUCUCCGCACAUGCGCCCGCGCUCCCGCAGUCUCAGCCCGGGGCGCUCCUCCUCCUGUUAUGAUAACGAGAUAGUCAUGAUGAACCAUGUGUACAAAGAUCGCUUUCCAAAGGCCACAGCACAGAUGGAGGGGAGGCUGGCCGAGUUCAUCCAGGCUUUCUCUCCGGAGAACGUUCUCCCGCUGGCCGACGGAGUCCUCAGCUUCAUUCACCACCAGAUCGCCGAGCUGUCCAGGGACUGCCUGGCCAAGUCCCGCGAGGGCCUCAUCACCUCCGUCUACUUCUUUGAGCUGCAGGAGAACCUGGAGAAGCUUCUUCAGGAUGCCUUCGAGCGUUCGGAGAGCACCGAGGUAGCCUUCGUCACGGAGUUGGCGAAGAAGCUUCUCAUCGUCAUCUCCCGACCGGCCAGGCUUCUGGAGUGUCUGGAGUUCAAUCCCGAGGAGUUCUACCAUCUGCUGGAGGCAGCAGAGGACCACGCCAAGGAGGGUCACUUGAUGAAGACGGACAUUCCCCGGUACAUCAUCAGCCAGCUGGGACUGACCAGAGACCUUAUUGAAGAUAUGGUAACUCUCGAUAGCUACGACAGCGAGGGGCCGCUAACGCCCGAAACCGAUGACUCGACGGAGGGUAAGAUGAGAGCGAUGAAAGCGCCAGAAGAAGCUGACUUCCAGAGCAUCAAGCUGAUCAGUAACGGAGCCUACGGCGCCGUGUACCUGGUGCGUCACCUAGAGACCCGCCAGCGGUUUGCCAUGAAGAAGAUCAAUAAGCAGAACCUGAUCCUGAGGAACCAAAUCCAGCAGGCCUUCGUGGAGAGAGACAUCCUCACCUUCGCAGAGAAUCCCUUUGUCGUCUCCAUGUUCUGUUCCUUCGAAACCCGCCGGCACCUGUGCAUGGUCAUGGAGUACGUAGAGGGUGGAGACUGUGCCACCCUGCUGAAGAACAUCGGCGCCCUUCCCGUGGAGAUGGCGCGCAUGUACUUCGCAGAGACCGUGCUCGCGCUGGAGUACUUGCACAACUACGGCAUCGUGCACCGUGACCUCAAGCCCGACAACCUCCUGAUCACCGCGAUGGGCCACAUCAAGCUCACAGACUUUGGCCUUUCUAAGAUGGGUCUCAUGAGUCUGACCACCAACUUGUACGAGGGACACAUAGAGAAGGACACGCGUGAGUUCUUGGAUAAACAGGUGUGCGGAACUCCAGAGUACAUCGCCCCGGAGGUUAUUCUCCGUCAAGGUUACGGGAAGCCGGUGGACUGGUGGGCUAUGGGCAUCAUCCUGUACGAGUUCCUGCUGGGCUGCGUUCCUUUCUUUGGAGACACCCCGGAGGAGCUGUUCGGGCAGGUCAUUACAGACGACAUAGUGUGGCCAGAAGGGGAUGAGGCUCUCCCUGUCGACGCCCAGCACCUCAUCUCCUCCCUGCUGCAGACCAAUCCACUGGUUCGACUAGGCACAGGCGGUGCUUUCGAAGUGAAGCAGCACUCGUUCUUCGCGGCGGUGAACUGGAACAGCCUACUGAGACAGAAGGCUGAGUUCAUUCCUCACCUCGAGUCAGAGGAAGACACCAGCUACUUUGACACCCGAUCCGAGCGCUACCACCACGUGCAGUCAUACGACGAGGACGACACCAACGACGAUGAGCCCGUGGAGAUCCAUCGCUUUUCAUCCUGCUCCCCUCGCUUCAGCAAGGUGUACAGCAGCAUGGAGCAUCUGUCCCAGCUGGAGCACAAACCCCCCGGCGUGACCCUGCGGGAGCACAAGGUGCCCCGGGAGGAUCGAGUGGCCAAGAGAGAAAGCCUGGGCAGCCUCACAUUAAGGGACAAGAGCUGGAGGACUGGAUCGCCUGAGAUGAAGCGCUUAUCCUGCUCUGAGUCCUCCUUCACCGAGAGCGACUACAGCCCGCCGUCCGGCGCCCGAAGACGCUUCUCCGCCCUCAUGGACACGCACCGCCUGGCCUCCCCUCUGGAGGUCGACUCCGAGCAGCCCGUCCCCGUCAGGCAGGCUCCGGUGACGACCAGAGGGACGUCCCUAGAAGGAGCCACGGGCGCCGUCACCUCUCAAGGCGAUCUGAGAACACUCCUCAAAGAUGGCGGCGGGCCCACGGCCGGAGAGAAGGUGUCGAGGCCGGCUGAAGCGCCGUUGCUUCUGCCAGGAAAUGCCGGCGUUCUGGGGCUCCCAGACCCUCAAGGGCCCCGCGGGGCCGCCACCGACCUGGUGCUGCGGAGGGUCCGCCACCAGCAGCUGUCAGCUGAAGGAGAGAAACGUAACCCGCGACCAGGGACCAAAGUGAUCAAAUCUGCCUCCGCUACGGCUUUGUCUGUCAUCAUCCCUGCGGUGGAGCAACAUGUCGCCUCCCCGCUGGCGAGCCCGAUGUCGCCCCACUCCAUCUCGUCCAACCCGUCCUCCCGGGACUCUUCUCCCAGCAGAGACUACUCUCCCAUGGUCAACGUCCUGCACUCUCCCAUCACCAUCCACCGCUCGGGGAAGAAGUACGGCUUCACUCUGCGAGCCAUCAGAGUCUACAUGGGAGACAGUGAUGUUUACAGCCUACAUCACAUGGUCUGGCAUGUGGAGGAUGGGGGUCCCGCCCAGGAAGCUGGUCUUAGCGCUGGUGACCUCAUCACUCAUGUAAACGGAGAGUCCGUCCACGGUCUGGUCCAUACAGAGGUGGUGGAGCUCAUCCUGAAGAGUGGAAACAAGGUGACAGUUACAACUACUCCAUUUGAGAACACCUCUAUAAAAGUCGGCCCGGCCCGGAGGUCCAGCUAUAAAUCCAAGAUGGCGCGGCGCAGCAAGCGGAUCGGAGCCAAGGAGGGACCAGAGAAGAAGAGAAGCUCCCUCUUCAGGAAAAUCACCAAGCAGUCCAACCUGCUCCACACCAGCCGCAGCCUCUCCUCCUUGAAUCGCUCUCUUUCAUCCGGGGACAGUCUCCCAGGCUCCCCCACCCACGGCCUCUCCGCCCGCUCGCCCACUCAGAGUUACCGCUCCACGCUCACCGAGUCCCCUCUCAUGGGCACCUCCUCCCAGAGCAGCUCCCCAGCUUCCAGUACCCCCAACUCCCCCGCAGCCUCCCACCACAUGAGGCCCAGCUCCCUGCACGGCCUGUCUCCCAAGCUCCACCGCCAGUACCGCUCUGCGCGCUGCAAAUCCGCCGGCAACAUCCCCCUGUCGCCCCUGGCUCACACCCCCUCGCCGACCACCUCCUCUCCUCCUCCUCUCUCCGGCCACACGGUGGGGAGCUCCAACACCACGCAGACGUUCCCCGCCAAGCUGCACUCCUCGCCGCCCGUCUCCCGGCCCCGGCCCAAGAGCGCAGAGCCGCCCAGGUCCCCCUUGCUGCAGCGGGUGCAGUCGGCGGAAAAGCUGGGCGCUCCGCUCAUGCCGCCCUCGUCCUCGCCGUCGCCGCUGACCGGCGUGUCGCUACGCAAGCACAGCCUGGAGGUGUCACACGGGGACUACAGGAGGGAGUCCUUCCACUGCGAGCACAGCCUGCAAAGCCUGCUGGAGAUGGAGGGAGAGAACGGACCCGCUCCCCCGUCUCCUUCAUCCUCCUCCUCCCCCUCGCCUCCCAUGGGAGGGGAGUACGGUGGGCUGAAGCCCUCGAGGAGGCUGGGAAGGCAAGAGUCGCCGCUCAGCCGCGACACCCUGCUCCCGCCGAGAGAGAAAGACACGCAGGCCACAGCCUCGGCGCUACGGGGGUCGCAGGCCGAGGGCGUGGCUGCCAAAGCUGAGUCCAAGACCGCCGUAGUUCAUUUGAGCAAAGCCACAGCCGAGGGUCUGAAGAACCGCCCAAGUGUAGCUGCGGUGAAGUCAAGUCCAGCGGCGGUUACGUCCAGCUGUGAGGCAGCCACCUCCAAGAGUAAACUCGGUGAGAAGACCGCGACUGCCGGCACAUCGAAGGGCCUUCAACAGCAAGACGGCAAGCAGCCGAGUGUUCACAUCGACGUCGCACCUGCGCCGAAAGCUCAGGAGAAGCUUGAGGAGCGAGCGAAGGGCACCGCGGCCGCUGACAAAGGACACGUGCAGAAAGUGUCUCCCGCCGAGCAGUCCAAGCCUCGUAAAUGCGCAGAGGCGGGGGAGAAGGGAGGCGGGGGUAAAGCGGCCGAGACGACCAAGGUCAAAGGCCCCGCGCCGCCAAUUCCCACCCAGGUUCAACCCCACACCGCGGCUCCCGCCCGAUCCAACGCGGAGAGGUUGUCCACCAGCUGCCGCGGGGCCAAGGAGGAGCGGCCGCAGCUGGAGGUCGUGGAGGAGAACCCCACGUCGCCCUGCUCGGGCAAGUGUCGCCCCGUGCCCCCGCCGGGGGACAAGGCCAGCUUCGUCACCCAGCUGACCAGCGUGGCCAAGACGGUGCUCGCGCCCAUCAAGGGGGGGUCGCAAGAGGGGUCCAAGGUAAGGGAGGGCUCCAAGUCGAGCGAGGAAAAGCGGGGCAGCGCGGCGGGGAAAGCGGACUGCUCGUCCGGGGGCGGGCGGCGCGGCGUUCAGACGGCUGCCGCGGCCGGCGCGCUGCAGUCCGACAAAGGAAACAGCCGCGGCUCCAAGCACCACCCGUGAUGGGGGGGGGAGAGGGGCUUCAGUAAAAGUCUCUUCCGUGCAAUGCCUUUUUUCUUUCUUUCUUUUUUGGUUGCUGUAGCGUCACACCGACGUAACCCAAAGUAACACGACUUGAAGAAAUACGACCAAAUAAAUGACGCAUGCAGAACGCGCUACAGGUGAACAAAGAUGUCGGCACACAUAGUAUCGUAAUGUAGGCCCGUGUAUGUACUGUAUGUUCAAUGUUGUGUAUAUAAGGGUUUGGGAGGGGCUUAUGUCUUAAUGCAUGUCCAACACUGUAUAUAGAAAAAUGAAAGCAUAUUUAAAGGGGAGAUGAAAAAAUACGAAGCCGAUCCUCAAGGCGGUGAACACUGUGAACAACUCUUGACUGUGUGUAAAGGAGCAGUUUUUCUGUUGCGAAUUGGCAUCAAUCACUCAUUCCAGAUGCGCUCCAGUGCCAUCUUCUCGUCCAGAGAGCCGCACGCUCUGCAUUUCAACGAGUUCAUACUUGAACUACAGAUGACAUGCACACGUAUUGAGAGGCCUGGACCAAGAUGUCAUGGAUCGGUCGAUGUGCUACAGAUCUGUUUAAGGGCUGAAUUCAAGUGGAACUUAAAGAAGAAGAUUAGACGAACUUGCACAGGGACACUAUGCAAUGUGCUGAUGAUGCCACAUUUUUUUGGUUUUUUAUUCCACUUACACUUACAUUAAAAGGGGUUACAGUAAGCCAAGCAAACACACUUUUGGGUUGUUUUGACGUUGUCUCCAUUGAUCGUAGUGAAUUGUGCAAUUAUACAUAUUUUAGGCUAUUAGGUGAACAAACUAGUGUGUCUGUUAAAGGAGGCGAAGAGCGCAAAGAACGGACAGGAGAGUAGGAUAGAUGCUCCCUCGCUCACUCGUUUCUAUUCAUGCAGGCGUGCACCAUAUAUCGUGUCAUGUUACGUGUGAAGAAAAGUGCCAGUCUUUUUUUUUUUCGGGAUGAUGUCAUUGUUGUUUUCUUUUGUUGUUGUUUACACUUAAAUGUAGAAUAUUAUGCAAUCCAACAGUGCCCAGUUUUCGUGAAACACAGCACCUUUGUCAGUGAUACGGUAGUAGACUAUACAUAGAAGACAGAAGAGUAGAUAUGUCGAGAGCAUCUUCGUGGUGGGGUCGUGUUUGUUCGUGUGUUGCAUAUCCUUUUGGGACACCAGGCUCAGAACUGUCUUAGACUGCCACCUUGUGGAUGACGUCACACCACAGUGAAAGUCCCGAGGUAUACAAAGAAAGAUGGGGGUCCAUGUUGCCUGGGGUUCUUUCCAUGUCAUACAUAAUUAUCCGCAGGCAUAAUUAUUUUGCUGAGGAGCUUUGCAGUCUGAGCUUAAUAAGCCUUUGCUUUUAUAUCCAUUAAGUUGUCGUGGUCGUCAGACAUUAACCCAAUGUUGAGAACUGUGUUUUAGUGGCGUGAUGUGAGAAAAUUGCACUUUAUUUUAUGUCGAACAUUUUUUUAUUUCCUAGUCCUAAUGUAUUUAUUUGAUUUUUUUUUCUAUUUGUUUAUUUAUGAAACUUUUUUAUCUAUUCAAACGUUGUUGUUUUUUUACACGUUGGAGGGUUAGUACAUUUCUGCAUAACUGAAAUAAAUAUUUAUAUAUUUUACAUUUAGACUGAGGAAUCUACCAUAUCUGUGUGGGUACCCUUCUGCGUGCAGUUUUGAGGCUCGUUCCAUGCCUGAAUUCCAGUCCAGGCGAUCUUUGUCCUCGUGUUUGAUUAAGUUGUUUCUUUUUUUUUAAACCACAACAACUCUUGUUGCCCAUUAAAUUGCUAAAUAUGAAUUUGCCACCGUUGUGAAAAACCAAUGCAGACGCCUAUAGUGCGUAAAUGUAAUAAAAAGCGGAGAAACCCUU